AUGUCUUCAGCAGCAGCCAUUCUUCAAAACUCAGCAAACAACACCCCAACAGAACAAAUUCUUCUCAAACUACAUCGCAAACAAUCUCAAUCGUCCAUUUUGUCUUACCCAUACAGAUUUAUAAACACAUACUACUAUUUCACCCCAUCCACAGUGUUGAGCAAAGGCGAGGAAAUUGUUUUUCACACAAUUGCUGCAGCACUCUUUCUAUUCACCGCAUACUGGGUGGUCUACAGAUUGCCAUUGACCAUCUUGUUAUCCAGUGAAUCCAUCUACUACUAUCUCACAGGAAACACAGACUACAACAGUCUCCAAUUGAACAAAUUCAAGGUUUUGGCUAUGGGUAUAUGGCAAAAAAUCUUGGGAGCAAGCGCCCACACAAACACCACAGCCAAAGGUGGUGCACAAGUGAUGGACUGGGAAGACGCUAAGCAAAGCUGGAGAAGUGGCAACUUUGCCCACCCAGCAGCAGGCAUGUUGAUGGGUCGUGGUGCAAGUGGUCGCGUCUACGACAUGUCCAACAAAUUGUCAUAA